GGUAGUUUGUCGCAGCUACUGCGCGUGGAAGGGUCGUACUGUGGGGUGCGUUCAAUAACAUGGCUAUGCUUUAUAUUGGAUAAAAAGAAAGUUUUAGAACUGGGGAGUCUAAAAUCUAGACAACUGUAUACGAAGCAGUCUCAUUUUGGUAUUUAAUUCUUUACAUGAGAGAAUUGUUUUAGACAUCAGGUUAAAUCACUGUGAGCUUUUAAAAAAAAAGCUUUUGUCAUAGUUAGACGGCUAAUGCUUUUACAUCAGUUUAUGAACGGGUCGCUAGAAGCUAUGCAUCCAACAGGAAUCCAAAAAGACACUACUUUCACAAAGAUUUUUGUGGGUGGCUUACCAUACCAUACUAACGAUGCUUCCUUAAGAAAAUACUUUGAAGCGUAUGGCGACAUAGACGAGGCCGUGGUAAUAACGGACAGACAGACGGGGAAAUCCAGAGGAUACGGCUUCGUGACUAUGACGGAUAGAGUGGCUGCAGAGCGAGCCUGUAAAGACCCCAACCCAAUCAUCGAUGGCCGAAAAGCCAAUGUUAACCUAGCCUACCUCGGAGCUAAGCCACGUAGCCUUCAGAGUGGCAUAUCUAUUGGUGUGCAGCCCAUCCAUCCAGCACUUAUUCAAAGGCAGUAUGGACUGGCCCAGCACUACGUCUACCCGCAGGCCUUUGUCCAGCCCAGCCUUGUGCUCCCCUCACAGGUGGCUGCAUCAAUUAGCUCCCAGUAUGUGGACUACAGUGCAGCCUACGCCCAGUUCGCCUCAUCAGCCUUCGAGCACUACCCCUACACCUCCUCCCCAGGCUUUGUGGGUUACAGCUACACAGCCGCCAGCCCCAGUGGGGGCCCCACCUCCAGCCCCGCCUCGGCCACCUUGCAUCAGACCCUGGCCACACCCGCCUUUAUCCAGUAUCCACCCCAGCAGCACCUGCAAUCCGAGCGCAUGCAGUGAGCAGCAGGUCGUCUCUGGACAAACUAUUGCACUGUCCCAUCAGGACUGGCUCCGGCUGUGGAUUCGAGUGAGGUCCAGAAAGAGUCGAACUGUGCCAUGGCUUCAAAGGGCUUCCAGAAGCACUGAUGCCUUUUUUUUUUUUUUUUUUUUUUUGGGAGGAUCCUUAAAAAUUAUUAUUGUUAUUGUUACUAUUACUCAUUACCAUAAGCUUUAUUGUAUUAAUAUUUCUUUGUUAGUACUUGUGCUCAAUGUGCUUAUUAUUAUUAUUAUUAUUAUUAUUAUUAUUAUUAUUAUUAUUAUGUUAAGAUCAAAGUAAGGUGCCUGGAUGUUGAGUAGUGGGUGCAAAUUGGAAAAGCGGGAGACUGUAUAAAGUUACCACUCUUGAAGGUUUAAUGGGGCAUUGCUGCUUUAGAACACUAGGGAGAGGGUUUUGUACUCUGAACUUGACAGGAUACACAGCAAACUUUCAAAGGUGAGUUAAAGGAGGAAAGAUUCACACACACACCCCACACACACACACACACACACACGCCUUUUAACAGAAGAUUCUUCCAACAUGGCAGUUUAUCAGGCUGACAGAAUGGAGAACUCAUAAUUGAAGACACCCGAAAGCCCCCAGGGAUAUCUUUUUAUAAUGAAGAGGCCUUAAAAGUAGAAUCUCCCAUUAGAUUUAGUUCAUUUUUAGAUUUGUAUGCAGGGUAAACUGUGAACAAGCUGCCACCUGCUUCUACAUGAAAAGCCUGGUCUGCAGUUCCCAGAACAGUUAAGUCCAGGGUGCGUGGUAUUUUAGAGUAAGGGUGCUAAUUGAAGAUCGGAUUUUGAUCAGGUUUCAGUCCAUGUUGAUGAAUGUGACCAUAAAGAUACCAUAAAGACAGGCAUCCUAUUCACAUGAUGUGUUGAAUGUUGAUCCCAGUUUAGAUCAUGCAUGGGUGGAAAUAUCAUGCAGUAAGCAUUUGAUUUUUAUUAACAGGUAUGGUAGCUGACACUGAUGCCUAUAGUGCGUUUUGUCUAACUGUUAUAACUAAGAUAAUUUAAUGUCUUGUUUAAGCUGACAUUCGUUAUGUACAGCAUUUUCAAAAUCUUGCUCCAGUUAAGUGCAUUUUGCAGUAUUUAUAUUAAGAUAUUUAAGUGGUCUGUGGUUUGUUUGUUUUCCUCCCCUCAUCUCGCUUCCCUAUAAAUUGGUGUCAAGCCAUAUGUAAGCAAAACGCAAAGUGUCAGGCUUGUGGAUGCCACAAGAGAAAGUGUAUAUGGCCUAUAGCAUUUUCUCAUUUUCUUUUCCCCUUUUUAGUCGUUUGAAAAAUUCUCAUGUGUUACUGGUCUGCACCUAAGAAACUGAUUCAUUUGCAUUUUUUGUUUUUUGUAGUCUCUUGAGUCACAGUCUGCACCUGCUGUUUGCAGUCACAUAAUUGCUCUAUGAAGCAUUUUUUAAGUCACAUCAUUUCAAUAUCUGCAAUGAAGCCAUACCAAGAAAAGUCUUGGAGGUAAAAUAAAAACUUUAUACUAAAUA